CAAAGAUGUAUCUAGCUACAAUAUGGUUGUUUUUCUCUAUAAGUUUUGAUGUUAGCUGAGAGAUGAUAUCUACCACCUUAUCAUGUCUACUGUUUGUGGUUUUUAUUGCCGCGGAUGAGCAAAUUGCCUUUUCUAAACCGAUUAUCGAAACUCAAUAUGACAUAGUUCGGGUGGAAGAAAUCCUGUCAAAUCAAAGAUCAAAAAGAUCAACGGAUGGUGAUCUUCCGAAAACUAUGUUCUUUCACAUCAGAUCAGAAAAAACAGACGCUAAAUUAAGAUUACGACGAGCCCCUAAAAUAGAAAUUCCAACAUUUGUUUGUGGUAAUGGAACAAUUCAUAGCGUGGAGAUUGAAGAUUUUAAGAAACAUGGAAUAUUUCUUGAUGAUGAUACUGGGCGUCCUAUUAUGGUUUCUAAUAGAGGUAGAUAUUAUGAUCUGCUAGGUUCUGUGAAAAUAAAUGAUACACACCUCAAUCUUCAACCCAUAGAAGGUGGUCUACAUAAUCUUACAACAUUUGAAGCAGUGAGUUAUGGUGCCGAUAUGCUGGUUGGGGAAGGUGUUAAUCUAGAAAGAAUUAAGGACGUGGCGAAAAUAAUGAAACGUAAGAAACGAAGGGUUCGGAACAAGCGCCAAGCGAAUGUCUAUACCGUAGAGGUACUGGUUGUAACUGAUCAUUCAGUUAAGGAAAAGUUUAUGGAAAGAAAUAACAACUAUGAAUCUAUGGCUGAUUCUGAACUUAAAACAUACUAUGGCUUUACUUUACUUGGGAUGGCAGUAAGAUAUGAAUCUAUAACAAGAUUUGAACCUGAUACAGUUAUAAACAUAGAGGGAAGCGGUAUCAUUAUAUCUAAUACAGAAGAUGAUUCGCCUUAUAAUCGUGAUAAUAGUGAUAAAGGUGUUGUGCAGUAUUUUUCCGGUUUGGUUCAUUUCACAGAUUGGGUAGAUGCUAAUACUAAUAAUGGUUAUCUUCCAGCCCAUGAUCAUGCUAUGUGGUUUACGGAGUACGUAUAACUUUACUAUCACAUACGUUCCGUGGCUCUUUAUUUGGAAAAGUUCGCCAUUGCGCAAAAAUGAACUGUCCAAAAGAAAACUAACGUUUAAAGGAACGAUAAGUUAGAUCGUUCACAGAUAUCUCCAAAGUCAAUAAAUAAAUUGUUUUUAAUGUAAAGAUUGCAUACAGCUCAUGUAUGAUAAAAACCUUCACGAUUAAUGGGCUGUAUUAAAUGAAAAGAUAUAAUUAUUAUUACUCUAUUAGUCUAAAACACAUAAGGUGGUGGUGUGAAUUCAGUAGAAACCAAUGUAAACUUUGUGUGUCUAUAUCUGAAGUUAAAGGAGAUAAACCUCUAACUCAAUUUUUUCCAUAAUAUUUCAAAAUUGAAAUCACGAAUUAAAAUGCAUUAUUGGUCCAUUUCAAUCAAUUUUGAUGUUUUUAUCUGGUCGUGAACAUAUGCAACAUUUAAGACACAGUCGUGUUUCCGUGAUGUGUUAUGAAUAAUGAAAAACAUACCCUACAAGACGAUGCAGAAGUAAUUAGUAAUGUCUGAUUCACAAACGACAAAAUAAUAAUCUAAAAAAAACGAGUAGAAUGGAAUAAACAGGAUUUGGACUGUUCGCGUAUUUCACCGAACAUAAUUGACUAGAAAUUACAAAAUCACUUUAUAUACAUUAAUAUUACAAUAAAGUGUGCCUUUAGAGACCAUUUUAGUUUCGUUCUGGCUCCAAAGAAUCUUCUGAAAAGCUUUGGGAUAAAAAUGUUGUUUAAUAAAAGUUUGUUUUAUUGUCUUAGUGGGGAAGGAAAUAAUAAUGUGUUCGUUUAAUGUUAACAUGUCAGUCACUUUUCAGUCACAGUUUAGCAGAGAAAAAAAGCACUUCUGUCAUAGGUAUUGCCUGGUUAGCAUCUAUGUGCACCAGGAAUAGUACAUCAAUUAUAGAAGAUUAUUUCUCUGGUAGAACAGAACAUAUCGCAGCUCAUGAACUGGGUCACAGUUUACAGGCACUUCAUGAUGGACAAGUAAAAGGCUGUAGUGAUAACAACUUUUUUAUUAUGGCUGCCGCAUCGUAUUUUCCUGAUGAUGACAAGAGAAGUAACCCAUGGUUGUUUUCUGAUUGUUCAGCUAGUACCAUAGCAAAUUUUGCUUCCAAAAGUAAAUGUUUACGAUCAGGGGGCGGAAUGUCAUUAUCAACUUCUAAUUUAGCUGGACAGCAUCUUGAUGCUGACGAGCAAUGUAGAAUCCACAUGGGAGACCCCAGUUCGUAUUUCUGUAGGAAAGCACAGUUUACCGAGAUGGGUUUUGAGUUAAUGUGUCAAAGAAUGUUUUGUUAUGAUCCUUCAUCCCAUUCUUGUACGUCUAUUAUUGCUAAGGAUUAUACGUCAUGUGGUAAUGGCAGGUGGUGUGAACGAGGAACGUGUGUGGGUUCAUCCUAUGCGCCAUUUACACAGGCAAAUUGUCCGCAGGGCGAUGGUCGAACAUUUACCUGCGAUUAUUCGGAAUGUGAAAGGUACUCAGAAGCUCAAAAAGCAGAAUGUUGUUUCACCUGUCCCCACGUGGAACCUGCUAGAGAACCAUUACAAGAUUUAGCAUUAUGCCCACUGGAUGAUAUGCUCUGUGAAAAAUGUAGAAGUAAUGACCGAUAUCGUUCCAGACAAAAUUGUGCGCCAUACAGGUUAUAGACAAUCUGAUUAAAACACAGAUCCUAUUUCGUUUCGAUUUUUACAGUUCAAAAUUCUGUUUACUUGUCUUUAUACUAGGAUCUGUAAGAGUUAUUAUAUAACCCGCGUUCUGGUUAGUGUGAGGGAUUAGCCAAUACAACGGUCUGUUGCGGCGAUUUCUUGACGUGGGAUGCAGGGAAAUGUGGGUAUCUUACUAGAAACACCAACGCUCUUUGGUUAAUCAAAUGUCUAACGUCAUAGGUCAAAAGCCACUCGUAUGAUCCUUGAUGCGACCCCCACUACAACUGGCCAGAUCUUCAUGUAGUAGAGGCCAUUGAAAGUAUAAAAAACGAUACGAAAUAUAUAGAUAUGUAUUUUAAUCAGAUUGGAUUGUAGAUAUACUUGGAAUAAUUUAAUGUAUUAUCUAUGGGUUGUAAGUUGGUAAUACCAUGAACUUUACUAUAAUCUUUAUAUCUAGUUUUUCACACGUUAUUUUAGUCCUAAGACUUAACUCCUUCUAAUGUUUAUUUGCACCAAUGAUUUCAUGGCUGGAUAACCCCGACAUGAAGACUAAGCAUGUGCUUAGGAAACUGGAGAGAUGGGAGACCAAACAAAAACUGUAAACACUCUUACCCAUUAUGGGUGCUCGCCUUCAAUAAUCAGUAUACACGUUAUGAUAUUAGAGACUAAAUCAAAAGUAGAAAGGCUGGAAAUUCAAAUUCAAAUGAGGUCUUUAUGUAUACACCCGGCUAUAUAGGUUGAUACUAUUUGAUGGUUUUAAAAUCAAAAUAGUUUUUAAAUUUUAAAACGUAUAACUAUUCAUUUUAAGUUGACUGUAAAUUGUGAUAAUUUUUGGUCAAAGCUAGCCCCAAUAAAUAAAGCAGCUAAUCUUUGAA